GGGAACAGCGAAGGGCCGCACUGCAUCCCCUCUCGCUGCAGCAAUGAAGCUUUCAUCCGGCAUCCUACCCCUGCUGCCAUUAUUCAUCGCGGCAGCAACUGACGCCUUUACCCCUCCUACCCACCGCAGUCAGUCCCCACCUCAGUCGUCCUUCUUGCGCCACCAAUGGCGGCGGCCACGCCAACCACCAAGAGCCCAUCCUCCGCUGUGUAUGCGGUCUCAGGGGAUGCUUGAGUUCCCUUCGUCGUGGAGCGAGGGAAUGGACUUCAGGUUCUUCCCCGUGUUUGCAGAGGAGCUGUCCAAUGAGGCCAUACCCCUCAUGCUGGGGUUCGAGGACACGCUGACCUUCCAGGUUUGGUGCGUGUUUGUGCAGUGCGGUGCACUCGGACGGGCAGACAGACAGACAGACAGACAGGUGGAUGAAUGGAUGAGUGUGUGUUGUGCAUCGAUGGCUUGUGGCUCUGUCUGUCUGUCGCCUGUAGGGUCCGAACAUCGACAGUGAGUUCGACAAGAUCGUCCGCACGCCUGAGGACGUCUUCGGCGUCUGCUUCUUCCACCCACAGAGCAUACAGGUCCUCCCUCUCGCCGUAUACGCAAAGGUAAGUAAGGUGGGUUGGGUGAGGUCACUCACACACACACUCAGGCACACACACAGCCACAGCCAUCGUUCGCCCACACUCGUCCAUCACACACGACACGAUUGCGUCACUGGCUGGCAGGUGUUGGAGAAGACGCCCUUUGAGGUGGACGGCCAGACGGUACUCAACGUCAAGGCGCGAGUGGUGGGGCGAGUCAUGAUCGAGGCCGUCAAGCAGAAACAGCCCCACAUCAUUGCCAACGUCACCAAGAUCGAAGACAAAGAGGGCCUGGUGGACCCUGAAACCGCCAAGAAGAUCAUCGACGAGCUCAUGAGGUAGGUGGGGAAGCAAGAGGGCGUUGAAGGACCGACCGGAUGUGCACAUGGAUGGAUGUGUGUGUGUGUGCAGGUUGCACGAUCAGUGCAACGAGGUGGAGGCCGAGCUUAUGGACAGGUUUAACAAGCCCUUCACGGCCAUGAAUAUCCGCCUGCGGCCCUCCGCACAAGAGACCAUCGACACGCGCACCGCCGACAUGGCCAUCGACCCCAUCAGCGAUUUGCAGUCGUACGUGCAGAUCUCCUCGAUGCUCAUGAUGGAGCACCACCUACUCACGGCCGACAAGUACGACGCCAUGUGCAUGACCAACACCGAGGACCGACUGAGGUUCAUUCGCGACAAGCUGCGGCAGAAGCAGAAGGAGCUGUUGCUGCUCAAGAAGACGCCGCAAGAGGAGGUCGAAAAGGCCAUGAAGGCCAUGCAGGAGCAGCUGCAGGCGCUGCAGCAGCAGCAAGCUGGUGGGGCGGGGGGAAUGGGCGGGGCACAAGGGCAGCCAGCAGAGGGGAUGAGCGGGGUUAGUGGACCAGGAACAACGGCAGACGAGAGGCCAGUGAGUCCGCCUGGCGCAAUGGGCGGCCCAGGACAGGCAGGCGGACCACUGAUCUGAUCAAUCUGAAGGGAUCGGCGGAUGGAUGGACGAGUGGAUGGAUGGGCGUGUGAUGUGAGCGAUGUGCGAACUUUUUCAUUAUGCGUGUGACUUACAUGACUGACAUGACCGAUUUAAAUAUAUAAGGCUUCAUUCAUUCAUU